ACAGUUUCCAACAUCUAGAGAUCAUUUUUCUUAACAGAGUAUUGAAUAUAUUCUAUUAUUUUGGAACACACAUAACAAACACGAUGAGGUGAUAUCUCUGAGACAGCAUUAUGAAGUGAAACCGUCACGCUCAAGAUGCAAGCAAUCCUCCUCAUGAACACUUUUUUUUUUUGAUCCCUUUUACUUUCAUUGAUGAUUCUUCCUUUAGGAAAAAAUGCUUCUCAUCUGCAUCUUUCAAGAAGCACCUCAAAACGAUUUAGUUCGUCUUUCAUCCGCUUCCUCUGGUCACCUAAACCAAACAAGAACACAACGGUUCUUCCAAGAGAAACCUAAGCAACAACCUCCACCAUUUGCAAGUUCUUGAUUCGCAAGUGUAACGCCCCAUCUCUUAAGCUACAAGAGUCAACUACCAAACUACACAGCACAAGAUUCCAAGUCCCAAAGUUGUUGCAGAUUUUUUUGCUGAUUGCUCCGUCAAUUAAGAAAUGAGAGACAUGUUUUAAAACUUUCUGAUCACAAUACCGUUGGAUACGAGAAACCAACCAGCCAUGUCGUGAGUUUUCAAGUCUCAAAAUUUCCAAUAAAAAAAUAUAGACAAUUUAAGUUUUGUUAACGAGAGAUUUUUCUAUUUCUUCCUCUCUUGUAUUUCUAUUCUUCCUGUUAUGCUUUUAUGUAAACAUACCUCUCUGCUCAUGACAUCAUGACUUGCUUCCCAAGCUACAUUGCUCCUCCUCUUUCCAUUUUCAUUUCAGUAUUAAUAGUAUUGAUUUAGCAAAAAUAUGGACAAUUUCGCCUUUUUUUAAACAGAAUAUUUCUGAUUUCUUUGGAGUUCCUAUUUUUCUUGUAUUUCUUUUCUUCUCAGGUUAAUCCGGGUAUAUAUAUAUAUAUGUUUCUGUCUAACAGACAAAAAAAAAACUACACAAGUAUUCUUCUUUCUUUUACUUUCAAUAGCUAUCUCUAAUUUUUUUCUUUAAAAAAAGAUCAAUAUGAUCAUUGGUGCUUUAUAUCCUAUUGAUAUUGUCGAACCCAUCCAUCCUGCUAUGAUUAUAACAAAACAACUGACAAACACUGAUUAUGUACAAAAUAUGGUGUUACCGAGAGAACAAAUUGAGUCAGUUCUCGCGGUGAUGGAUGGUGUUACAGAUGAGGGUUUAAGAAACGGUAAGGAAGUGGAUGUUUAUGAUGCAACGGAAGAAGACGAAUACAAAGUCACCAUAAAGCGUUUUAACGACGACACCAAAUAUGUUUUUGGAAAAGGUUGGAGUACAAUGAAGUAUUCUUUGGAUCUCGAAGAAGGCCAAGAACUGAAGCUCUACUGGCAUCGUGGUUACAAGAGAUUCAUUGUUCUCAAUUUUCAGUACACUCUUCUAAUGAUUUAAGUGUAGCGCACAUGCGUCUACCUCUUCGGUUUUUCUUAUUAAUUAAUAGCUCUAGUUUAUUAUGUUUUUGGAUUUCAUUCGUAAUGGCUCUAAUUAAUUAUUAUAUUUUAGAUUUCAUUCAUAUUUUCUUAGUUAAGUGUUAUUUUUCCUGAUUUUUAAUAAAUUUAAUUGAAAUAUCUUGAAUUUCAAAAAACAUACCUGCGCAAGGUUAAUGAAAAUCAUCACAUAUACAAAAAAGGAACGUUUUUACAUUCGAACCUAAUUAAAACUAUUGUAGAGCUUCCACUUGUUUGUUCGAGCACAAACCAGACAUUCGUCUGCAUAAGGUAUCACCUUCCUCAUUGCUCAGACAAUGUUAGAUUCUGUCGUCCAUAAUGUCCUGCAGAAACAAAUAUUAUUAGAAGGUUACUAAAAGUUCAAUAGCCAAAAGACGAACAUGACUCUUCUGAAGGUAAAAAAUCAGAAGUAUAGCUUUUUGGAGGUUCAAAGGGAAAAAAAGUGGAAUGGGGUCGUAUGAGAUGCCAGAGAACUCCUUUGCAUCACAGCAGUCAACGAAAGAAUGUUCUUAAUCAAAUAAGAGCCGAGCCAUAAUCCCACCAGGUCAUUCAUUAGCGUACACCACUACUAACCAAAAGCUUUAAGAAACAUUAAAAAAAAAAUUGGAUAGUUAAGAUGUUUGGGUCAUACGACGGAUACCUGGCAAAAUGAUUUUUAUUCAUUUAUUUUCAUGUAGGGAAAUUAAAAUAAAAUUGUUGACAGCUGUGGGAUUUGAACCCACGCCCUUUCGGACCAGAGCCUAAAUCUGGCGCCUUAGACCACUCGGCCAAACUGUCUUGUGCAACUUUUAACCGGUAGCUUAAUCUAUUAGCUUGAUACAAAUGUUGUACACUUUUGGACAGAUACACGUAGGUAUUUGACAUUCUAUUUAUUGUGUUCUGAUUAUAGGUUUGGAUUUGAAGAGAUAAUGUAGAUUCUAUUUGAAAUAAAAUAUCGUAACAGUUGGUUUGAUUUGGUUCACUUUUUUUUUGUGCAACUAAUUUGGUUCACUUUGGAAUCUAUUUAUUUGUUCAAUGUUUAUUUAGGAAUUACACGUGCGUUGGAAACAUAAGUAAAACAAUUUGCGUUAAGCUCCCUUCCUCCCUCCCAAACCAUAAGAUCAUUUUGUUUUGCAUAAAAACUAGCAAAAUGAAGAAAAACAUGUGUUGUUUCAAAAAAAAAAAAAAA